AUGGAAAAAACGUUCUUCAACGUGGCUGCGAUUGUCUUCAUUGGUGUUUUUUCAAGUACGUAUAUAUUUUCUUAUUGUUUUAUUUAUUUAUUGAUAUUCACAUUAUCUACAAUAUUACAAAAACAUUUACAAUAGACAUUCACUAACAAACAAUAGACUAAGUCUAAAUUAAUCGUUAAAUUAUUACAGUUCUAAAGAAAAUUAAGACAGAAUCCAUCAGAAAAUUUAAUUUUCAGUGGACAAAAACCUUGUGCCAGAAUAAUUUAAAAAAUAUUGCAUUAUUUUUUACAUUUUUCAAGGGCUAUAGAUGUAGUUAGUUAUCCGUAAUAACACCAAAGAAUAUUUCUUAUGCAUGGGAGCCCGAGAAAAUAAAUGUCAAAUUUCACAAAAUGACGUCUUACACAAGAAAUUUUCCGAAUUUUGCCUGUGUUUUUACAAUUCUUGUGAAAUUUGACAUUUAUUUUCUCGGGCUCCCAUGAGAAAUAGUUAAGGUGUCAGUAUCCAUUUUCUUUUGGAGAAAUUUUUGCUGCUGAUUAUUCUUUCUGUUUCAUAUUGAGAAGUACGUAUAUAUUGAUUAUAGUAAAAACCUUUGAAUGAACAGUUACUUUAUAGCUAUUUCAAUGCUCAACAGGCUCUUCCCAUUUAGGCGAGUUUUCGCAAGAACGUACAAUAGCCAUUGAGGUUUGCGUUAAUCACUUAACGUGCUUUUUGUUUGUAUAGGUAUAUAUUCACAAGACAUUUGCCCCAGUCGUCCAUUGAUGUUCGCUUCAGUAGGUGACAACGUCACCUUAUGCUGGCAAAUAACAGUAGAAAUAAACGAGCUCGAGAAAUACCUAAGACGCUUCACAGUUUUGGCCUUAAUAAGACCAGGCCAGAAUCAGAUGCAAAAAGUGGCAUCGGCGAACCAGAAUGGAACUUUUUCCAGAACAUAUGAGGACCAUCACCUCGGUCUGUACAAGGAUAGGGUUACUGUAGACGCUGAUUUACAAGCCGGGAAACUGUUUUUAAGAAUCACAAAUUACACCAACCAGAUGGAAAACGUGUACUGCGUGUUCUACGAGAUGACAAUUAUCAAUGACGUACGAUCUUGUUUCGCUAAUGCAGUUAUUCUCCGAACUAAAGGUAACUUACAAAAGGAAGCUCAGAUUAUUUGCUUUAUAGUUCCGAAAGGUGAUUUAAGUUAAAAUGUUUCAAAAAAUUACCGUUCCCCACCUUUCUUUAGUCCGUCGAGAGCGCGUAUAAAAAUAAAAACCGCGGGGGGUUUAUUUAUUUAUUCGCGCACUCGCCAGUUAUCGAAAAGAAAAAGAAAGCAACGUCUGUGUACAGGCUAAACUUUCUGUUGACGCUUCCCGUCUUUCAGUAGCUCCAUUGACAGCCGUUUGGUGCGCCUGCGGUUCUAUGCGCCAUUUUUGAUAAGAAGUUUGCUUCCUUAUCCCUCAAACGGCUAUAACCUUGCUGUUACGUUUACGUGCGACCUUCCACACAUCGCCUCUAGUUCAUUUACGCGCUUAAAAAUUACGCGACAGUGGGAAUCCACCCUAACAAACUUGAUGUAAAUGCACCAAUGACAUUACGAGUCUUCAUAGCCAAUAACAUCACGGCUUAACUGACAGACGACCAAUAACAACGCGACUUAUUUGACCAAUCAGGUCAAUAACCAGAGUUUAAUACCAUCAACUGACGUGAUACAACUCACUUUGACUCUAUUCAGGACUACGUUCACCCGGACGAUCAUACUCAACCUACUCAGUAAAACGUGAUAUAGACGGUGCGCCCAUACACCCUCCCUCCGCUCUCGAGUUGCCAUCAGUGAUCCGUUAUACGGGUAUUUAAAGUUAUCUUAAGCUACACGGAAAGGAAACGAAAACGAAGCAAGGAUUUGAGGUCAAACCUGGGAACUGAACUCAGGACUUCUCAGUAGGCCUUUCCCGCUCAGUAACUUUUGAGCAACUUUUGGCGUUUAGAGCAACUUUUUGCUGUUCUAGCAACCUCGAGCAAAUCUUGCCUUUCUGAGCAACUUUUGAGCAAAAUAUAGGUUUAGAGCACAUAUCAAGCACGAACAAGUCAACGAUUUCAUAGAAAACUUCCAUUUUUAAAUUUUUUAAAAUUUUUUUUUCGUGACCGAUGUUAGUAAUUAUUGUGAAGAACGAAAAAUAAAGCUUUUAAUUAACGUUUAUAUAAAAAUAUCAAGAAAUUUAGGUGGCAACUUUUGAAAUUUAGGUAGCAACUUUCUGGAUUUUUGACAAAUUUUUUAGCACCUUUUUGGCAUUCUAGUGAGCAACUUUCCAGCAUUUUACGAGCACAAUCGGGAAAGGCCUACAUGUCGCACAGAAGGCCUCGCACUUACCAAUUGUGUUCAUUUUUUCUCCUUUUAAAAAUAAGAUAAUACGUAGUAAAAAACACAUAUUAUUAUAAUAACACCAAUGACUGAUACCAAGUGAGCUUUCGCGCGAAAACUUGAUAUCUUCACAUGUGAAAAUUACAUGUUAUCUUCACUUGUGAAAUUAUCACCAUUGCUAUGGCUUCAUAAUAAACCGCACCUUUCAGACCAAAAAACUAUUUAAGUAAAAUGGUUUGACAUUUCAUUGGUGUUUUUAUAAUAAAUAGAGCAUUGCAUGGUCGCUCGUAGAUACCAAAUUUCUCUUCUCGUGUUGAAAAAAAUAUGCGCUCACUCGUGAAAUAUUUUUCAACACUCAAAGAGAAAUUUCUUAUCUCCGCGUGGGUGGCUAUGUAAUAUCCUCUAUUUAUUUAGAUAAAGUUGUUGAUUUAUUUUGCUCUUUAAUUGUUAGUUGCAGGUCCUGAUCUUCCCACAGGUAAUUAUGUGAAUAGCACGGCAAGUGCAAUGAAUUCAACAGAAAGCCCGCAAUCAACUGAAGGUAAGUGAAUAAAAAAAUGAAUGAGUGAGCCAAAAUGCUGCGUACCUUACGUACUACUAAGAGAAAUUAAAAUGCUUAUAUUUAACAUUGUUCAUUUUUUUGGUAUUUUUUAUUUUCCCCGUGCUGUCAUUUUGAACAACUGCAACUAUUGUUCAGCGUUCCUUGUAUGCAACAUGAAGGAUAGCAACCGAAAAACGUCAUGAUCAUUCAAAAUCACUAGAGCAAUGGAAAUUUUCAGGGAAAUAAUUUUCAUCUCAGUUUUUCGUCCUCUAAAUGCUAGAAUGCUUAAAUGCAAAAUAACAAUUCGGAAUUUUUACCUUUUCUGGCGAUUCGUCACUUUAGAAACGAGAGGAAAGCUGAGCCAAGUUAGCUUUCGCAAAGACUUCUGGGAGUUUUACUAAUUGGCCAAUAGCUGACCGGUGCAUACCCAAGUAACAAUCCCAGAAACCAUUGCGGACGUUCCCCUCUCGUUCCUAUGUUAAAUGCUGAAAAAAUUAAAGGUCAAAUUGUUAUAAUAUUUUGAUUUGUAUUUGUAUUUUUUUCUCCAGUUUAGUACAUAAUUCCAUCUGUUAAUAACAAUUUUCUAAAGGAAUAUGUUACUAAAGAGGAGAGGGUCACAUCUAGGUUAACUAAUAUCCUGCCCUUACUACAAUUAUUAUGAUAAAGGAAAAGAAUAGUUAAUUCUAUCAUGUAAGGAAGAAGAUUACCUAGAAUAACGUAGUAAUGUAUAGAUAAAAUUUAUAUAGGAAAGGAGAACUUCUUACAUACGAGUCAAAGUCAUCUUCUCCCACUUUUUCCCCCUUUCUUACUAGACAUUGUAGUUAAUUUUUUUCCUCAACUCGCAGGGUUAUCGAAAGCGCGGCCAUUCAACUUGCUGACCGCUGACCUACAAUAAUAUUUUUGCUCUUUUUCUUUCUUUUGUAGGGGAUACGGAGAUCCGAAGAGGAGAAGAUUACCGCACCGAACUCAUCAUCGUGAGUACUGUCCUUGGUGUAUUCUUGGUUGUUGUGGUCUGUUUUGUAGUCUGGAACAAGAGACGGGAGGUUGCGAGAGAGUCAUCAAUCCAACAGAAAAAGACCAUAGACUUCACGGCAGGACCAAGAUCAAAUCCUCCCUUGAAAAAUAAUAACUUAGUAUAACUCUAUAUGAAUUUCAUUGCUGUAAAUUUUUAUUAUGGAUGAGACAAUCAAACAGACAGAGACUAAAAACUUUACGAUAGGAGAUGCUUAGCUUAUUUCCUUGAGAAAUUUUAACUUAAGAUAGCUGUGAAUCAAUUCGUUGUAAAAUUUUAUAAUAGAGCUUGUACGUAUUAAUGGAUACAUAUUUAACUUAAUAUCUAUUUUGAAAAAAAGAAAACUUACAUAAUUGUUUUUACGUGUACCAUGUCAUUAAAUUAAACCUUACUUGUUUUCAC